AGGGAGGGACCGCAGGGCGGAACCGUCCCCGGCGCAUAUAAGGCGUCGUUUGCUGGGGGCCGAACCACUUCCCACGGUGGUCCUUUCUCUUCCGUUAGGGAAAGGCCUCUCCGGGAUCUCGGAACUCCACGGAACUAGGUACUAAGGAGCUGGGGUUUAAUUGACCUGGUGUGGUGGGACGAAUUAGAGCGACGGACAGAAGCAGAGGAAGGCUUGCAGGAGGACGGCGGAAGUUGACUUGUUGGCCGCGGCGGAGUUGCACUCGUGCGUUGGAGUCGGGAGUCGGGCUCGCCGCGGGGCUGUUGCAAGCCGACCGGACCGCUCGGACCGCCGGCAGUACGUUGGAUCGCGGCCGACCUGGGACCCUGAGGUCGCUGGAGCAGCAAGAGGCGGAAGAACAGUGAGAUUGGCCCCAUCUUCCCAGUCGCCCAGAAGCUGCCUGUCUCCUGGUGGCAUACAGGCUCCCUCUGUGCCGUGACGGCAGGCCUGGUGUCCGGAUAAUCCCCUGGCAGUGUUGGGAGGAGUCUCCUAUUCCUGCGGCCUUCGUCCUCUAAGACAAGAGCCAGCAUGUCGCGGGUCACCAAGCGGAAACACGUGGUGAAGGAGGUGCUGGGAGAGCACGUGGUGCCAUCGGAGCAGCAGCAGAUCGUCAAGGUUCUCAGGACCCCGGGGAACAACCUGCACGAGGUAGAGACGGCUCAAGGGCAGCGCUUCCUGGUGAGCAUGCCCUCCAAGUUCCGCAAGAAUAUCUGGAUCAAGAGAGGCGACUUCCUCAUCGUGGACCCCAUUAAGGAAGGACAGAAGGUCAAGGCUGAGAUCUGCUUUGUGCUUUGCAAGGACCAUGUGCGCUCGUUGCAGGAGGAGGGGCUAUGGCCCGAGGCCUUCUCGGAGGUGGCUGAGAAACACAGCAGCAACAGGAGCAGACAGAGUCAGCCAGAGCUCCCUGCUGAAUCCCUGUCCUCGGUGGAGUCCAGCUCAGAGGACGAUUCCGACCUCUUUGUCAACACCAACCGGAUGCAGUAUUACGAGAGCGAGGAGGAGAGUGAAGAUGGGGAGGCAGCCUGAGGACCAGGGCCACUGCUGUUCCCUCAAGGACUCGUCACAGCUCCCCCAGAUGCGGACAUUUUGGGGUGCCCCACACGGGAGUGAGGCAGGGUCACUCAGAACCGCUUCUCUGAUACAAGAAUUAACCCCUUGUUGGGUAGGGUGGUCCUGGAAGCUGAGUCGCCAUCUGGGGAGGGAGCCCUCAGAUCACUGGACACAAAAGAAAUGGGAGCUGGCCACAGCCUGGCACGAGUGGUUUGUUUCCCCUUGUUCUCUUCUCCUUGGCUGCUUAGGGCACUGGGAGGGGGGCAUCCCUCCGGACCACCUGCCUCCUACCGAUACUCAGGGUGACUGUUCCCCUUGUCUGUCCGUCGCCAUCACCACAGCAGUGCCUGUGUCCCCAGGACGCUUAGCGUGAUGCGCACACCUCUGUCCAUCUGUAACUUUGUUAAGAUUUUUUUGAAAUGCAGUGUCCGAGGGAAGAGGCAGGCAGAUCCCUUGGUUACCUGCAGCAGCUGGGCCAGGCCAAAGCCAGGAGCUCCAUCCAGGUAUCCCGUGUGGGUGGCAGGAACCCAGAGACUUGAGCCAGAAGCAGAGUGUCCAGGACUGCAGUCAGGGACUCUGGUAAGGAUGCAGGCAUGCCUUGUGGCAGCUUAUCUGCAUCGCCAGGCCUGUCCCUUAACCUCAUCUGAAUGAUUACACACGGUCCCAUGAUGGAGUGUUCAGCAGGUGGUGCCCUGACUCCCUAAUAUUCCAACCCGAAGAUGGGCCCUUGGCAUCCUUUUUCGUCUGCUCCGGGCAUGUUUAGUCACUACCGGGACCCCCGUUGGUUCCCUACAAGUGACAGGGCCUGUAGUGUAGACAGCCGUGUGUCCUCCAGCCCCAGCUCCAUUACUUCUUGUCUAGUGGGCACCCCUCCCAAGCUGACUUUUCAUUCUCCAGGAUGCCCUGAGGUUACCACAGGCACCCUGGCUUUCCUCCUGUGCACUUGCUAACCCAGCCUCCUGCCAUCAAUACCCUGACCCUCCGUGGGCUUGUCCUUCAUCCGCUGAACUGGAAGGCCCACCAGCCACACCUCAAGCUCAGGAAGUCCCAGCUCAGCCAGCCAGCCCUCACAGUGCGACAGUUGCUCGGAGUGUCUGCUGGCUUGCACUAUCUGUCGGCUGCGCUGGCCCAACGCAGCUCACGCUUCCCUAAGAGCCAGAAACACGGAGAUGCAUUCUCACCGGACCCCAUAGGAGGACCAGCCUGCCGCCUGUCCCACCAAAUGGAUGUGGCUCUCCAUUGUUUGGUGUUGGUCUCGACAUUGGCAUCCCUUCCCUGACAAAGUGCUGCAACUGAAAUGACAGGUGCCAUGAGCAAAAGCCAGAGCUGUCAUGAUGAGUUCCAGCACUGCCUCUCCCGAGUCCACCGCGUGCAGACAGCAGGGCAGGCGGAAGCAGCAGUGGAUCACCUUGGCUGGAAGCCAAACCCAGCCAGCCAGCAGACUGCACACACGUGUUGGUGCGAAGUUGAAUCUGACCUCUAAA